UGAGAAUAGAGGACUCGCUCGGUCGAAGGCUCGCGUUAUUAUGGCCGAUCACGUAUGGCACUAUGAAAACAAUUCUCGUUUCCCGCAACUCGUCGCAACAGUUAAUUAAUAGUCGCCUGAAGGAGUAUUUCGAUCAUGGAUCCAGAACGGAACGACGCCAACAUUUACGGUCUCGUAACUCAACUGGUCGAACACACGUUGCGAAGGAAUCGCCUCGAGAAUGGAAAUUCUUAUACGCCACCGAGGAACGAUAUUAAGACAGUGAGAAACUUUCGUUCGAAGGCUUAUGAAAUUUUAUUAAACAAGAGUAAAAAAGUAUACAGUCAAGAGAAUGUAACGAGUUCUGAAAUUGAUCCCUUGGUGGAGAUAUUAAAGUAUGCUUUUGUGCUCAGGCUGUCUCUCAGACGCGUCUCAGAGGCAGAAAAGUUGGAGAAUUUAGUAAACGAUUUAUAUAGUAACACGAUUAAUAUAGAAACUGUGAUUCAACCAGUUUUGAGAUUGUUGAUGGAGCUUAAAAGUUUUCAAACUGACACAGGCGCUACAUUGGAUGUAUUUCACUAUGGUAAAACUAAUCCCUGCUUGCCUGAAGAUGUUACAUGUACAAACGGGGUACCAAUGUUUCAAACAUAUCCCAUGGAAUCCUUUAUUUUGUCAGAGAAGUUUGAGGCCAUGUUGGGCAUUCGUAAAAGUUCUACUAGACGAGAUAGACAUACAGUGGCUAAUUUUGUUAGUAGAGUGUCCUUUGAAAAUCAGCAAAUAUCAAAAACCGUAGGAAUCGAAACAAUUAGGUAUAAUAAUGCUAUUGAAAUGGCACCUUGCAUAUCGAGCUGUACUGAGAAUACAGCGAAACAAUGUAAUACAUAUACUCCCUUUUCAACAAGUAUUAUGGUUGAGCAAACAAAUACGCUAUAUUCAUCUACAAAAAGAUUUAUAUCAAAUGUAACUUUACCUUGCGAAUGGAUAAAAUCUGUAGAUUAUCAAAAUGAAAAUGAUUUGUGUGUUGUGCAUACGUCGAAUAAUUCCAAUUGCAAUUUUAUGGAUGGAUCGGAAUAUGCUAGAAAUAUUAAUCAAAUAUGGAAAGAUGUACAAAUUUCCAGUGAUCAUAUCUCAAAAUUACGCACAUGGGAAUCUUUUGGAGCUUCAGAGUCUUCCAAACAAUUAUUAUUUGUUACUGAUUUGCCAGAGACAAUGCUGCACUUGGCAAGAAUAAGACAAACAAGUAUUCUAUCGCUUCUACCAAAGAAGGUGAUACAUUCCAUAUCCCUGAUGCAAGAAAUUUCCCUCAAAAAAUUUGUAUCAGAUGUUAAGUUAUUGUUAUUUGGUAUAGAUUCAGACUCUUUUAAAUAUAAUAUAGUGAUAGGAUUUAAAUUGGUGGAAAAUAUUAGCGUGCAUGGUAUAAAUUCGGAUACAUUAAAGAUUACUUGUCAAGAAGCAAUUUGUUGGGGCAACAGUUUCAAAUCCCUAUUGCUUCUGAUCACGCCUGAUCCACAAACGGGCAAGUUACAACAGGAUGGUCUUAUAUUCAAAGCGAUGUGUGCCAAUAUCAAGGAGCUACUCUUAUAUUAUCGGUCGGCGUUGCAAAGAAUUCUGAAUCGACAUGAAUUUGACGGAUUGUUAAGCUUGUUGAAAAAGGUUCGUCCACUGGCACAUUUGAUUGUGGAAGUUGCAAGAUUGUGCGAUCGUUGCAAUUACAAUCAAUGCACUUUAGACAGCGGAAUCUUAACGCACAUUUAUAAAGAAGUGACCGAGAUCACUGAUCCAAAGGUUGCAUUGGUCUUUUACUCUAUAUUAAAAUCAUGCUGCGAAGUUUACUUUCGAUUGCUGGAAAACUGGUUAUUUGAAGGGAGAUGCGACGAUGUUUACGGAGAAUUCAUGAUUCAGUCUCGAUCUCAUAAUCUGCGAAAGAAGGGACGUAAAUUCUGGACGGACAGCUUCGCAAUCGAUACCGAGUCAGUACCCGGUUUUUUAUCUGAACUAUCAGAAUCGAUAUUGGAAUGUGGGAAGACGCUGCGACUUUUAAAAAUUUGCAGCCCAAAGAAUCUUGUAUGCAAUGUGUCCUUCAAUGCUCGACCGGAAGUAAGGGUCUGCCUGAGCGUGUCCAUGCUGCGAGAACAGAUGCUAAGAUGUCAGGAAUAUAAGCGUGAAGGUGAAGCGGCAUUGGGACCAAUCGUAUCUCUUUUAUCCGCGACUCAAGAUGAAAAGAAAGCCGAGAGGAAGAGGGCUGAGCUGGUGAUACGCGCGCAGCAGGAGACCUUAUCGAGGCUAAAUAAACAACGCCAAGAACUUAUCGCGAAGACAGUGCAACGUAAACGAGAAUUGUUGCAAGAAUUGAAGCACCAAGCAGAAGAGAGUGCUUUGUUUAAAGAAAAGAAGAAAGAGAUUGAGAUGCUGGCUGACAAAUUAUUGCUCGAAAAGUUUGAUCGAGAGCAGGAAGAAAUACGAGAGCAACAACAGGCUGAGCGAGAACAUCUUAUAAAUUACUAUGAGAAAUUAAACACCGAUCUAGAGAGCAAUCGUAUACGAUCGAAUUGGCGUAAGAUGAGAAUGAGUCAUUUCGAAAAACGUGUAGAAUAUUUGAAGUCUAUGAAGAAAUCCGACAACGAAAUGUUGGAAAGUGUCGCCACACCAAGUCUGGAUGAAAAUAUCAACAAUACUGAUGAACAAAAUAAAAACAUUCCUACUUCACCAAGCGUGUCUACAUCUGAAGUGGAGGGUUUAUCUAGUCAAGAUGAAAAUAGCAACUUUCCAGAAAGUGAAAUAUUGAACGAAGCAACAAUAGAUGUUUCUAAUCGAAACGAUAUAGAAGAUAAAGAAGAUUCGUCAGUCGCUAAAAGUGCGAACUCUGAUCUCCCAUCUAGCGAUACUGAUAAAGAUAUUGAAUCGAACGAGAAAAUUAUGACAAGUAAGGAUCCUCUCAUAACAGUGGAUACCCAAAAUGUACCCCUACCGCAAGAAUCUUUGCCCUUAAAUUAUAUCUACAAAAAGAACAACGAGAGGAGCAAUCUGCAGGAUUUUCUACGCGACGAAGCGAUGAAGAAUAUUCGUACGAUCAUGAAUGAUAGACAAAUGGCUACGAUUGAUACUCGUUUAAAUAAUAUCUUGGAAAGCGACAAGAUUACCGAGAAAUUGAUCGGUAGUAUUAACAGGCCUAAAUCCUUAGCUAUCGAGAGGAUAGAUAAUAUGACUAUAGCGCAAAGCAACAAACUUAAAGUCCUCAUACAAGAAUAUGGCUUGACUCCGAAUAAUAAUGAGCUCAGUACAAUAUUCACAGAUAAACUCACAGUUAAUUGCACAAAUAUAAACGGCAAUAACGAAGUCACCAAUGAACAAAAUUCAGACAAUACAGAGAAAAAUGUCAACAACAACGCUUCUCCAACAUCCGGUAUCAAAUUGCCGGAAAAAGAAAUGAUGAACAGGCCUAUAAAUAAUGAGGAGUAUUCAAAUAAAAUUAAUGAUGCAAAUGCCAUCACGGAGCAAGAUCCGAUAUUGAAUAAUAUCCAGCGGCAAAAUAAUAUAGAUACACCAAUGUCGUGUACGACUGACAACUUCACCACAUUAUCGACCCACACUCCUCUGUCGCAGAUACCAAACAGCGAUGAUAUAUUUGCUUUAAACGGCGGUCAGGAAUCAUCUUUGUCCGAUAUGACAAAGUCAAUGAUAGGGGAGACGUACUUUGAAUCCCCGAUGAGUGGUAAUUUUAAAUUGCCGAGCUUGUUUGGCGUUACUGAUUCUGAUGUGAAGUCCUCGCCGGUCUCAUCUUUAACAAUAGCUGAUGUCGAGAUGAUCGACCAUACCUCGCUCCAGGUGUAUUUAGAAAAAUCCAUCAUCAUUCCUCUGCAGAUACAAACUUGGCUGGUUAAUAACGCGAUUAUCAAACACCUGGUGAACGAGUGCAACGUACUAUCGCAUUUGCACAGUCUACGUAGUUAUUUCUUUCUGUUGAACGGCGAAUUUGCGAAGAGUCUAACAGACUCGCUUUAUUCCCGACUUUACACGAUAUCCGCGCCGAUCGAGCUCUUCAAUUCUGCUACUCUCACGAAUCUCCUGGAAAAGGCGCUGAUGAACUCGUUCAGUAAUAAUUAUGCCAAUUCGGAACUCUUGAGUCUUUCCGCUAUCGAUCCACCGUGCCAGUUAUAUAUUUCAGAUCCAAAUGUUUUGGAAUGUCUUUGCCUAAACUAUAAAAUAGCAUGGCCGUUGAAUAUCAUCUUGGAUGACACGAUGAUGUUGCAAUACAGCAAAGUAUUUAAAUUCCUAAUAACGACUGGCAGGAUGUCGUGGGUUUUACAAGAAGAUUUUAAUAUAAUGAAGGUAGAGCGUAACGCAGUCAACUCGGAGCAAUAUCACAAGUUGCAGUUAUACAGACACUCCAUGACUCAAUUCACGAAUGCUCUUCACAAUUAUUUAACGUGUAGCGUGUUACACGCAAGUUGGAGCGAGUUCGAAAAGGAUUUACAGAAUUCUCGGACGAUAGAUCAGAUCUACUGCUCGCACAUGAACUACAUUAAAAGGAUACUCUCGAGAUGUAUGCUUCAUACUCGCGGAGAAAAGAUGCGCGUGUGCUUAAUCAAUAUUUUCAAGAUCAUAUUAAAGUUUCACAAUCGCCUAAGAUCGCAAGCCUGGAAGGUCGAUAGUGAUAAUACAGGUCGAUACAUUCAUCCAAAUUUCAAAAGUUUGGAGCAAAUGUAUCGAUCGUUUUGCGAAUGGCGGGAAUAUAUGGCUCAUGUCGCGCGCAAAUUUUCCACCAGUGGAUAUCAGCCGCACCUGACACAUUUUCUCAACGCUUUAAAUAUAAAUCAUAUGUAUGAUUUGACGACAAAGCAACAAUAGUAAAAUAAAACGUCACUAUCACUCGUGUCUUUUUUUUACACUCAAAUGUAAAAAGAUAUAGGAUGAUAAAGCCAUACUUCUUCUGCCAAAUGCGGAACAACUGGCGCGAUAGAUCUUGCAAGUACAGUCAAGAUGUCGCAAGUUACCUCCAUCGCGGCCAGACGCGUCGGAGAUUCCACUUCGUCGCAGUAAAGUCUAUCCUUAAUUAAGUGACAGUAUACUGGUGACACUGUAUUCGUCAGGAAAUUUAUUAUCAGUUUACAUACGUGGUGAUACAAAUAAUUUUCGUACAAAUUUUGAAUCUGUGAAAUAAUCAAUCAAUAUCGAUGA